AGCACAUGUUAUGUUUUUAAAUUACAAUUUUUCUUAUGCGCAUCUUAUAAAAAAAUUCACCAAAACUUAUAUCAUGAAACGUUCAACAGCAAAGAAAAUAGAAGGAUCUACAAAUAAUUAUAAAUCAAAAUUAAGAUCCACUAAAAAUGAUUGUGUCGAUAAUGAAAAUGAACCCAAAUCUUCUACCAAAAAAUAUGAAACAAAUACUCUUUGUAAAUUUAAGGCACCGAAACGAAAACAUUUAACAAUUGAAUACGGUGCAUCAAAAGUACCACAAAUUCAGAAGAAAAGCUCCACAAAAAUUCAAGAAGCAAAUACAAAUAUAAAGAAAGAAAAUCCUUUAAAAAUGGUAACAGAUGUAAAAAUUAAAACAGAACCGAUAGAUUAUGAAGAGGCAGACAUUGUUUCACCUUUUUGGGGUGGUAUCGAUCAUAUUAAAGAAGAACUAAAAGUAGAACCAACAGAAAUUAAGCAAGAUAUCAAAGAGGAAUCGUAUCAAAAAGAAAAAAAACAAGGAAUAAAAAAGGAAUUGUUAGAAGUUAAAGAAGAAAAGUUCCAAAACAUAAAAAAAGAAAUAAAAACAGAACAAGAAGUAAUUAAUAUAAAACAGGAAAUUAAAGAAGAAAUAAAAGAAGAAUCUUUACUCGAUAAUUAUGUACCACCAUUCUGGGAAGAAAUGUUAAAUAAUAUUCGAGAAAUGAGAAAAAAUCAAGAUGCACCAGUUGAUACAAUGGGAUGUGAUCAAUGUCCGGAUGAAAAUGCUUCUGAAAAAAUCAUCCGUUAUCAUGUUUUAAUAUCGUUAAUGUUAUCACCUCAAACAAAGGACGAAGUUACUUAUAAUGCCAUGGCUAGACUUAAAUCGCAUGGUUUAACUGUUGACAAUAUACUAAAUACUAGUGAAGAGAAAUUGGGAAAAAUAAUUUAUCCCGUUGGAUUUUGGAAAACAAAAGCAAAAAGUAUUAGAAAGGCAACAGAAAUUCUUAAAAAUGAAUAUGAUGGUGAUAUUCCGAAUACAUUAAAAGAUCUUCUAAAAUUACCUGGUGUUGGGCCGAAAAUAGCACAUUUAUGUAUGAGUUCUGCGUGGAACGUAGUCACAGGAAUUGGUGUUGAUACCCAUGUACAUAGAAUAUCAAAUCGAUUAGCAUGGGUGAAUCCUCAAACAAAGACACCAGAAGAUACUCGUAAAGCUUUGGAAAAAUGGCUGCCAAAAGAAUUAUGGAGUGAAGUCAAUCAUCUAAUGGUGGGAUUUGGACAGACAAUAUGUCGCCCAGUUGGUCCUCAAUGUUCAAAUUGUUUGAAUAUUGAUAUAUGCCCUUAUGUAAAAAUUAAUAUGGGUAUAAAAAAGAAUAAAAAACUGAAAAAAAUGAAAUAGUAAAAAACAUAUCAUAAUCGAUUUUAUUAUCAUUUUAUUUUUUAUCUCUUAUAAUUUUAAAGGAUUUGCGAGAAUCAAGAGUUGUCGAAAUUCGAGUCCAAACUUGAUAUUAGAUUCUGAUUUUUUUCUAUCAGUAUUAUUUUGUAUUAAAAGUAGGGAACAAAAUUGGUUCAUUUAUUCGAAACUAUUUCAAAGCAAAAAUCUCAUUUUCAAUAAAAAAUCGUUCUCAAAUAAAACAAAGCACGAAUUGUUUAAAUCAGUAAGAACAAAAUUAAAAAAUUUCAAAGCACCAUUGAAAACCGUAUAAAAAUAAUCUUUGUGUAUUUUUUGUUCCCAUGUUUGCAACUUUGAAGUCAAAGACAAGAUGAAAAAUAUCUACCUCAAUAGAAUAAGUAAAAACUUUUUCUACUUGAUGUUUCUGUUUAUUUCUACCUUGCUUCUACAGGUACUAUUCCAAAAUAGAAGAGCCCGAGAAAUUUAUUUUCACAAUUGCUUAUUAAAUUAAUUUUGUUUUUAAAGACUUAUUCCUGUUAUUUUUAACACAUAACUUUGUAGAGAUUGAACUAACCUGCUCUUCAGGAUUGAUUAAUUGAUUUAUCACCCGAGGGAUGCGUAAUUUCCAUCCAUAACCACUAUCUUGCUCCAAUUAUAAAGGAAGUUCGUACGGAAACAAGUGUUGAGAUAAAGUGCAAACAUUCCAUCCCUACUUAAAGUUUUUUUCUUCCCUACUAUAAAGUAUUUUUUUUCUUGUUCUAUAAUUUAAAAAAAAUAAUUCUAGAAUUAUUUGUUAAGUUUUUUUUAAUAAUUUUUUAUAUUGUUAUUAAAAAUAAUCUGUUACGUAUGUACAAAGUAUUGUGCUAAAUAGGCGAAUUUUUUAUAUAAAUGAAAAUAAAUUCCUGAAAAUAAUUAUGU